AUGGCCGAGCAGAAUGAGAGAAGGAUUAAAGUGCGCAACAUUGUCCACUGCCUGAAGUGCUUCAAGCCUCAGGAAAAACUUCCGGAACACCUGGCUCGUGUGUGCAUGAAACAGAGCGACCCAGAGGAGAGAGCUGCUGCAGUGAGGGAAGCCAGGAAAUCCUUUAAGGACUGGGCCAAAGCAGGGAGGAUCUGGGACUACAAGGCACUGUGUAAGAUGAUCCCUGACAACGCAAGUCGUUAUCGUGUCAUGCAGGACCUGCUGCAGCGGGGGUGUUUUGUCACCAAUCAGCCCGACGAGCUUGACAUGGCCUCUGCAGCUGAACCCCCCACUGCUGGCACCUCAGCUUCAACAGCCAUCCCUCAACCAUCAGCCCCAACUGAUAGCCCCGUUCAGUCAGCCCCAUCAUCACCAUCCUCAUCUGCUGGUGAAGGACCUAGUGACCCAACUCGGCAGAGAGAUGUUCCAGCCCCGACCUCGUCAGUGAGGAAAAACAUGGUGGCAGCAGGUCUCUACGAGAAGUUUGCAGAGACUACCGCUCUACUGCUGGACUUUAAAAAGUACCUGCUCGAGACCCUGAAGGUCCCCGAAUGUCAGCAGGAGGUCGACAAUGUCUCCAGGUUCCUGCGCUACGUGCAGCCCACAGGGGAUGAGCUGACCCUGGAUUUCCUCCAGAAGAUGGUAGAGACCAGAGACUACUUCGUCCAACUGAAAAACACCUCCAUGACCCCGGCUACAAUCCUGAAUUACAUGAAAAAUGUAAUAAGGUUCUUGGAUUACUUGAAAACCAGAGUGGACCUUGAAUGCAGUUAUCCAGAGCUGCGUAACCGGUGUCAGGUGUUCAAGGAGUUUAUCCAAACUGUGAGGAAGCAAGUUUCCAGGUCCAACACCCGGAGAACAGUCAAAAAAAGAUGGACUCAACUUAUCCACGGGGACACAGAGAAGGCAUUUCUGGAACAUUUUCCAGUCACUGUGGACGGAUCAGCACCGCCUGCUAAAAGGAGGAGGGAAGCAGGUUUCCCAGCUGAAGAUCGGUCCCUCACCUACAGGUGGCACAAUGUCCAGAGGGACCAAAGAGCUGAGCAUUUGCUGUCCAAAUUCAAGCAUCGCCAACCCACCGAGAAGCAGUUCAACAAAUGUGUUGAGCGCAUGAACUGGAAGACCAACAAACCCAAAUAUGAGGCCCUCCACAAGCUGUGGACACCACCCCAGAAAGAGGACAUAACUAACAACCAGAAGCUCCUCAAGAGUGUCAUGUCACAGAAGUGGAGGGGCCUCUCCAUCAAAGACUUUGAUGGUGACAAAGGGAAAGGAGUGAUUACAAAUCGCCCUUUCGUCAAAGGGGAGAUCGUCUGCGAUUACCACGGCAACAUCAUCGGAGCAGCAGAGGGGAGAGCCAUGCUUGAGGCUCAAGAAGGUGUCAUGUGCUACCUGUUCUUUUUCAAAGAUGGACAGAGGGAUCUGUGUGUGGAUGCACAAACUCAUCCCUGCACAUGCCAUGCAGACCGGGACAUGGUUGGACGGAGAAUAAAUCACUCCGCCAAGAAGCCCAACUUGAAGCCGGUGCAUGUGAGGCUUGAUCACGAUGGAGAACAACUGGACGUUAUCCUAUUCAAGGCUCUGGUGGACAUUCAAGUGGGCAAAGAGCUGAAGUUCAACCAUGGUGUGGACAGGAAAUCACACCGGGGAGAAGGCCUGGACCUGGAAUGGCUGGACGAGUAGACAGUCCACCCUGGAUGACUGUACAUGAAUUUUUACCACAGACAUGGGGCUGUCUGAAACCAACGUCACACCCUGUCUCCACCUGGUCGGCGGUCAGUGACUGGGACUCCAAACGACUCUCUGCCAGGACUCUGUAACAUCACGCACUUAAACGGUGAGUUACAACCAACGAGUCCUGGUCCACAGACAUGGGGCUAUCUAAAACCAACGUCACACCCUGUCUCCACCUGGUCGGCUGACAGACAUGGGGCUGUCUGAAACCAACUUCCCACCCUGUCUCCACCUGGUCGGCUGUCAGUGGCUGUGACUCUAAACGACUCUCUGCCAGGACUCUGUAACAUCACGCACUUAAACGGUGAGUUACAACCAACGAGUCCUGGUCCACAGACAUGGGGCAACGCGGGAAAUCUUCCACCUUCCCCCAAAAGGCUGCAGGAGUUGAGGACUACCAAGAAACAUUAAGUAUUUAUUAAACAUUUGAUAUCACAUUGA